AUGAAGUGUGGCUGUGAGUGUCCAAAUGGCGGUUAUGGUACCGUUAAACCUGAUGGUGGCUGUCAUUGUUCAUGUGAAUGUAAAAACUGCCAGAACUCGGUUAUAACUAGUGACGGUACGUGUUACUGUCCGAAUGAUAUCUGCCCGGUGUGUGACUCUGCCUACGAGCCCGUGUGGGAAGACUGUCGCUGUGUUUGUCGUGAGAAGACCCAGUGUGGACUGUACCCUGCCUGUGUACGAGGUCGACGUGGAGAGCAAUGUGGCCAGCCGGACUGUGAGCCAUGCAGUUUACAGACGGACAACGGGUUGCAAGAAUGUUUCGGCAAUGGUAUUUGCACCCCUCAGUCGUACUUCUGUAGCUCCAGGUGUGUGUGUUCCCGAUUCUGGGCCGGCGUCUGUUGUAAUGUCAGAGUACCCAGAAACGUUGGAGGUGAUCCUCACUUACAGACAGCAGAUGGUAUUUCCUACGACUACCAUGGUAUCGGAGAGUUCUGGGACUGUAUGAGUACAGCUAACGACUUUGGCGUACAAGUCAGGUUCUUCGGAUAUAAACAAGCGUCACUGGUCGGUGCCGCCGCGGUCAAGGUCGGCCAAAGUGUGGCCACCAUCACUACACCGGCCAAUGCUACUGAGACCACCCUUCCUACUUUAAGAAUUGACGGGCUAGUCCAGAGCAUAACCAAAAACAACACAAGAUUGACGCUUAACAACGACACCGUCAUUGUAGACAUUGCUAAAGUCAGGAACAACGCCACUGGUGCCGUGAUGAUGAUUGCAAUCCAGUAUGACACCGGUUGUCCUGGUCAGUGUAAUGGUAAAGGGAGGUGUGUGAACAGCACUUGUCAAUGUAACGACGGCUGGACUGGAACCGACUGCUCUAUAGGUUCCUGUGGUGCCUGCGUCAAUGGUGUGUGUGACAGCGGUUUCUGCGUGUGUACUGUGGGCUGGGAAGGGACAGCCUGUGACCAGAAAGAACAUUGUGUUUGA